AUGUCUUGCGGUGUUGGUAGCUGCCACAACCAUCUUCAUUUCUUGCUUUUUCCAAUCCAUGCCAGGGUGCUUGGCCAUUCCUAUCUUAGCUUUUCACAAAAAGGUUUCUCUUGUGGGAAGUUCUCUUCGAAAUGGAAUUCCUGCUACAAAUUGUCAAUUGAGAGAGGUGGUGGAUUAUUGGCUGUGAGUUCAUCAUCACCAGUUGCGGGUGGAAUUUAUUUCGCAGAACAAAAUCGACGAAUUGUGAGAAGAGUCUUACCUGAUAAUUCCAUUCAAACCAUUGCAGGAAAUGGUAAAGGAUUUACAUUGGGAUUGGAUUCAGGAGAUCCUGGACCCGCAUUGAGUCUACCUUUGGGACGUGUUUUGAGCUUGGCAUUUGAUGCAAUGACAGAAGACAUUUAUUUUGCAGAAGAUGACACCUAUGUCAUUCGUAAAAUUUCCACCAAAGGACCAAAUAACGGAACCAUUUCAGUAGUGGCAGGAAUGAUUGGUCUCUCAGGUUACAAUCAAGAUUCUGGAUUCGCCAAUGAAACCAUGUUAAAUCAAAUAUCAUCCAUGACUGUCAUGGGAAAUGGAGAUUUAAUCUUUUCUGACAAUGCAUGUUUGAUUCGAAGACUUUCAAAGACCACUGAUAGAAUUACCAAAUUGUAUGGUUCUUUGGGCUGUCCAACACCCAUUUCUAAAAUGGUAGUUGAACCAAGUGGAAACUUUGCCUAUUUCACAAGCACGGAUAUGAAUAGAAUUUAUGAAGUGAAUUUGCAAAAUGAGGCUAGUCGAGUGUUGGCAGGUAAUGGAACGAUGGGAUUUUCUGGAAAUGGAACUCGUGGUCUGAAUGCAGCAUUGGGUGCUCCCUAUGGAAUUUCAUAUUACAAUGGUGAGAUUUAUUUCUCCGAGUCCAAUAAUCACAUGAUUCGUAAAAUACAUCCCAUCCAAGGUGUACUGAUCGAUGUUGCAGGUAUUCCCUUCGUUCCAGGAUUCAGUGGAGACGGAAAGCCAGCACUGGGAGCAUUAUUGAACACACCACGAGACGUUUUUGUGAAUCCCAACGAUGGAACCAUCUAUAUCAAUGAUUAUCAAAAUGAGAGAAUUCGUGCCAUUUCUCAACCAGAUGGAACCAUUCGAACGGUGGCAGGAAGUGGUGCAGCGGGACCCAAUCCAGUCGAGGCUUCUUUGGCAUCUCUCAAUUAUCCAUCUGCCAUAACCUUUAAUGCACAAGGUGAUAUGUUUAUUGCAGAUACACAAAAUCAAAGAAUUCGAAUGCUCAAAGGGAAUACUGUCUACACGAUGGCCGGUACAGGUGCAAGGGGAAGAACGGAUGGUCAAGCAAUCGAAAUGGCUACGUUCAACAACCCUCAACAUCUUCAAUUCGAUGAAAGUGGAACUUUGCUCUUUAUUGGAGAUUGGGGAAAUUUUCAAGUUCGAAAAUUAGAUCUCCAACUCUCUUCAGUCAGCACUGUUGUGGGAACUGGAGAAGAAAUUCCCAUUCUGGAUAACGUCAAUGCAUUGUUAUCGGGUCUUGCAAGUCCUUCUUCAAUGGUCUAUAUUCCACCCGAGUCUUCGGUGAACCUUAAUCCAGGUCUUUAUAUUGGUAGUACGAGUUCAGGUAUUCGAAGAGUUGAUUUGGUUUCGAACAUCAUCUCUACUCCUGUGUUACCAUUAUUACCAUAUACGAGUGUCUUGGAAAUGUGUUUUUCGGCUGAUCGAGGAACAGAUGGCUCUCAAAAUGCCUUACCUGGUUUAUACUAUUCAAUGAAUAAUCCUUCUCUAUCCGUGUAUCGAAUCUUGAAUCAAACAGUACAAAUAUUGAUGGCAGGAAAUGUUCAAAAUGUUCCAGCAAGUGUGGACAGCAAUGGCAGUGAUUUGGAAACCACCAGUCGAACAACCAUUCACAGCAAACGUUCCAUCGUGUUGGAUGGAGACGGCUCUCUAGCCACUGAAGCUUUCUUAUCCCCAACUUCCAUUUACAUGACUCGAAAAGGUGAACUCUAUCUUUUGGAUCAAGAUCGAAUUCGUUAUGUCACCAAAGAGGGAAUUAUUGGAACAUUGACAUUUUAUGAGGAAAACAAAUCUACUGUGUCCUAUACUUUUCAAAAUCCAAAAAGUCUGCAUGUGAAUGAAAAGACUGGAGAAAUUUAUAUUGUGGAAAGAGAUAUUGACCUCAUUAGCAAACUCGUUCCAAUUACUUGUUUUGGAAAAUUAGCAUCAGAUCCUACUGUGUGUUUUGGAUAUGGAACUUGUGUCGAUACCGACACUUGUCAAUGUUACGCUUCCUCAGAUCCAGAAUGUAAAACCACCUGCGGAAAUGCCACUCAACCAUGCUAUGGAAAUGGAGUUUGUACUCCAGGCUUAAAGUGUGUUUGUUUUCCAGGAUAUUCAGGACCUUAUUGUGACUCCUUUACUUGCAAAGGUUUGCGUAAUAACGAUACUGCUGUUUGUAAUUAUCGAAAUGGAACUUGCAUUGGCCCAGAUCAAUGUUCCUGUCAUUCCUCUCAGUGGUUAGGAAAUGAUUGUUCCAUUUCAUUGUGUGAGGGUUUGUUUGGAACGAAUAAUGCAUUGAUGUGUUCGAGUGGUGCAGGUUCAAACUCAACAAUUGUUUCACAGGAAUCAUUUUCCACUUGGGAUCUUUUCAAUUCGACAAGGUUUUAUAAUUUUUCGCAAGCAGUAGGAGUGACUUUCCCAUCGACAUUGUAUUCUUAUUUUAUUUCACAGGUUGGAAAUUUGACAAGUGGCAAUUCUGCAUUACUAUUGUCUUCGAUUCAAGACACCACCGGGUCAGUGAUUCCAGUAACUAAUAAGGGAGUUGAGGUUGGAAGAAUUUUGGGCAACAUUUUAAGUCUGAAUUUCCUUUUCAAGAAUGGUAGCAAAAUUCAAGUGAAAAACUUGGCAACUCCUAUCGAAUUGAAAUUCUCCAACUUGACCAUUCCCUCUCGAGAUGUAUCUGAAUUCCUUUUCUCAUGCAUGUAUUUGGACACAGUGACUGCUGACUGGAAAGAAGAUGGAAUUACCUCCACUCCACUCAUUCUUCGAAAUUCUUCUGGUUUCAUUGAAUUUGAAAUGAAAUGUCUCACCACUCACUUGACAUCAUUCGCAGUCAUUGAUAAGAAUUUUAAAUCGGCCACGAAACCUCAACCCUCUCAACGACAAGUACCUGUAUCGAGUAGUAAUCCAAAAGGAGCUGGAGGUCUCUCAGAAAGUGCCAUUGCAGCUUUAGUGGCUGGAUUGGUGGGUGGUUUUUUAGUGUUGGGUGUGGCCACAUGUUUAGUGGUAACUUUGGUCGUGUUAGUGGUUCGAACCAAGGCAAAGAAGAAGCAACAAUUGUAA